CAGAUGUUGAAAGAGAUUCGUUGGUAAUCCAGUUCAGCAAUGAGCUGCAUAAAUUCAAGACAGGACUGGAAGAAUUCCGGCAUGUGGACACUUUGUGGAUGCAGUCUGGAAAAAGGCAGCCCAAGAUGGACAGAACUUUGGAAUCUCUACAACACAUCAUUUCUCAAGUCUUGCCUCACAGAGACCCUACACUAGCUUUUAAAGACUUGAACGUUGUGGCAAUGCUUCAGGAAUUCUGGGAGAACAAGCAGAAACAGAAAGGUGUGUUUUCAAGUGAAGGCACUGUGAUAUACGAGUCACUAAACUUGCCUGGGCCUCCAUUUGUAAGCUAUGUCACCCUGCCUGGAGGAAGCUGUUUUGGUAAUUUUCAGUGUUCCCUAAGUAGGGCAGAAGCGCGACGAGAUGCUGCAAAAGUGGCUCUUAUCAAUUCUCUGUUCAAUGAGUUGCCUUGUCGCAAGAUCACAAAGGAAUUCAUUAUGGAGAGUGUCCAAGAAGCUGUUUCUUCCACCAGUGGUACUUUAAAUGAUGCAGAUGAUCCCAGCACAAGUAUUGGAGCAUAUCACUAUAUGCUAGAAUCAAACAUGGGAAAAACAAUGCUAGAAUUUCAGGAGCUUAUGAUCGUGUUUCAGCUUCUUCACUGGAAUGGAAGCCUUAAAGCUCUGCGUGAAACUAAGUGUUCUCGGCAAGAAGUGAUUUCCUACUAUUCCCAAUAUAAUUUAGAUGAACGGAUGAGAAGUCAUAUGGCACUGGACUGGCUUAUGAAAGAGCAAGAAACUCCAGGCAUUAUAUCACAAGAGCUACAAGUGGCACUUAGAGAGCUUGAAGAAGCAAGGAAAGCCGGGCAAGAGCUGCGGUUUUACAAAGAAAAAAAAGAAAUCCUUGGCCUAGCACUGAGUCAGCUGUAUAGUGAUUCUGCAGCCACCUCUUCAAAUGAUGAUCAUAUGAGCCUAGCCCUCAGCGGCUAUCACUAACAUGCAUUUGAGAGAUGGGGUUAUCAUAAGCUUCGUCAACAGCAAGUAACUGUUUACCUUACCUAGCGUAUUGUGUAAUGUACUAAGCUGAAAGUCUCAGAUUUCUUCCUUGAUGAGAAGAAUGUAUUCCAGGUAGGUAAGGACUCCUUGUAUAUUAAACUAAAGGUCCCAGGAAGCAAGAAAGGACAUAAUGCUUCAGUUUAUGCUUCUUUCAUUGGUUGGGCAAUGCCUAAAACUGCCAUGAUACAAUCUCAGAAUGGACCAAGAGACUUUUUAGAAUCUCUCUUUAAAUAAUAAUAGCAUUUAGGCUUCUAACUUCUUUAAGAAGAAGCAUAGUUAGUUAAGUAUUGUUGACCAGACCUUUUAGUGUAUUGAAUUAAUUCAUCUGGGAGAUGUAUGGGAAAGAAGUGAAAUAUCCUUG